ACAGGUAGGAUCAAGCUUUGCAUCUUUUGGGCGAUGGAGCCGGACGUGUGCAUCGAGAAUGGAUGCAAGAUCCGUGUGGUGGUGGUCGGCGUUGGAUCGAUGCCUCUCCAUCGCCUCCGCGACUACACGGAGAUGGUGACCCAGCACGCCCGGAUCGAGCUCCAAGCCACCAGCAGCUUCUACAAGGAGGACCAGAAGAGCCCAUUUGGUCUCCAGCCCUGGGAGAAUGGAUGCCUGCGCUUCCAAUUCGUGAUUGGCAGGGCGAAUCGAAGCCAGUGGGAGGAUUUCCAGGCGCAUCGCAAGGUCCAUGGCUGCAUUGGCGUGCUCCAUUGCCCCGAUGUGGCGGAUCUGGACGCCGCGUAUGAGAAAUUCGUGGAGAUUUGCAACGAGUACCCGGCCGCGCAAACGAGGAGGUGCUUUGCCUUCUCUCCCACCCAAGAACAGGUGGAGCAGGAUGACAAGAAGAGGCAGCAGAUGGUGCUGUUUCCUCCGGUUGACAAGCAAAUGCUCAAGCAUCACGUCGGAACUCUGAUGCACGACUUUGCAGCAUCGAUCCUCAUGGCUUUUGAAAGCCGAGUUCUUCUCGCGGAGCCCAUGGGAGCGACGCUCACAACGCCAAUGGACUCACACGUCUCGCUCAGCUCCGAAGAGGUUAGCAAAGCCAAACGGCGGAGGCUGGAGCGUGUCCAGAAGACAAUGGGAGAUUACAGUCUACUCGCUGGCUCUCCUGCCGAUGCUAUCUCGCAUUACAACACCGCUAUGGAGUUGUCAAGGCACACUGGUGAUUCGCUUUGGAAUGCUGGCGAGAUCGAAGGCAGCAUUUGCGCUCUUGUCGUAACCCCGGGUGUUGAAUCAGACAUACUUCUUGAGGAUGAGGUGCGAUAUAAAUACUACGAAGCCAUUCAGCUAUACAGGCGUUGUUCUGCAUAUAUAUUCGAAGUCGAGGCACAACUGAAACUGGCUCGCUUCCUCUGCCGAAGGGAGCGUGGAAACGAGCUGUCGAGAGAAGUCUGCGAGCUUCUCAGCAACGCCGUGGAAGUCGGAAGAAACUUAACCGAUGUCAACGACCAGGUUGUGUUGUUCGUGGAGGUGGCUCGCAUUUUUGGGACUCUUGGUUACGAGCGAAAGUCUGCGUUCUUCUCCCGUCAAGUAGCCCAUUACUAUCAAUCGCAAGAAACCACCAAGGCUGCAAACAGCGCACUGCAGCUUCUCUUGCUCGCUGCCAGAUCCUACGGCGUGGAAUACGUAAACAAGUCUUCGAUCAAGCAAAAGGAGCCUGAUCAAAGCGAUUCAUGCGAGACGUCACCAGAGGUAGUGUCAGGGGAUUGGAACGCUCUGCAAAUUAAUGUGCUGGGUGAUGUGUUAGCGGCCGCUGUCCGAGCAGGCGAUCCAUUACUUGCCUGGAGUGCUGGAGCGAGACUGUUGAGAUAUCACUACCCAUACAUCACACCUUUCGCUCAGGCCAGCUUGGUUGCCGCGCUCGUCAGUGCUUCUGCAAGGCUACCCCCUGGAACUCGCUGCUCAGUCCCUUCUCUCCCGUUUAUAAGGUUGCUCUCGCUACCUUCGUGUCCAUCGCAGCCACAAACAGAGAUCAUCCGGAAAGUUGCUGGAAAGAAAGAGUGGUGGAUUGAAUCCACGGCCUCGACUGGUCCUUUUAUCUACACUCCAAUGUCAGCCACGGCGAGCAAAGCAAACAACACGGCCAGUGGCAACAGCAGCGGUAGCAGCAAGGAUACUAUCACUUGGGUGGUGGACGAGAUGGUGGAAGUUCUCGUCGCUGUGGCAAACCCGUCUACGUUCCAAGUUACUGCCGAGUCCAUAGCGCUCUCGGUCGAUGGUGCUGCUUUCGAGGCUUCGCCAGUGUCACUCACACUGCCUCCCAACACAUCGCAGAUUCUAACUCUAUCGGGAGUUCCGAGAGAAACAGGCAGUGUUACGGUACGGGGAUGCUUUGUCAACUUCACUGGCGUGGUGACCGAGCAUCUCUUUGAGGAAGUGGAAGAAAUGGUGGCUCUGGCGGCCAAAGGCUCGACUUUGGUGGAUCCCUUUCGAGGUGAACAUCACAGGGACAAGUUUACACCAGCCGGGAGCAUUCCGGUGGCACCACCGUUGCCUUUACUAUCUGCUCACAUCGUCGGCGGCGAUGGAGACAUAGUUAUGCACGAAGGAGAAAGCCGUGAAGUCGAGAUCGCGCUCGCCAAUGCCGGGAGUGUGGCCGUUUUGCAAGCCAGCUUGAGCGUCAGCACGAAGCAAAAGGAGCAUUCCAUUCGUAUCAACCACGAAGCUCUCGAGGCAGCACUCCCUCUAGCUCCAGGCGCUCGCGUUUUGGUCCCAGUGGAGAUUCGAGCUGGUCUUGAAACAAAUCCAGAGAACAAUCGCGGAGUUCAUCCACUUGUUCUCGUUCACUACGCAGGUCCAGAGAGCGAUGAUUCUACACCCCUAGGAAGGCAGCUCGCUCUUCCUUUGCAACUACACGUAAAAAAAGGACUCUCUUUGGUGCAAGCUCGUCUACUUUCCAUGGAAGUUCCAGCUUUAGUCAACAGCACCGAAGAAAGAUCACCACCACUGAGGAUCGAUCCUUACAGAGGAUGCUGGAGUUUACAAUUCUUGGAGCUGGAGCUAUGGAAUCCCGCUGAGGUUCCAUUCGAGAUACAGGUUAGUGUGGGUGACGAGAAGGAAGAUGGAGGCUACAAAAGCAGCAGCCGGAUUGAUUGCAAGUGUAGCUCUCGCGUUCUCAUACCUUUCGACAAGCUCGGGAUCACUGGAAGCUCUGAAAGAGAUGAGAUCAAACCAGGGGAAGUCUCGACGAGCAUCAACCAGGUGAAGUUCAGGUGGCAGUGGGGACGAAACAGCGUUGGCGAGCUCCAAGUUGCGGAUGCCAUUCGAGCAGCGGUCCAGGAGUCCAUGUCACAGAUUCUAGCGUCCAAUCCUCUCACGUUUAACUUCCGGCUGGCGAGCGAGCAGAACAAUGGCCAGCGCUCGGUAGAGGCUUGCGAGCUCACUCCAGUCGAGAUGAUCGUGACCAACAACACGAAAGAUGAGAUCUCCAUGGAGCUGAGCGUCACUUGCCUGGACGUGACUUCGUCUAGUUGCCUAAAUUCGGUAAUGUGGUCUGGAAGCAUGAGUGGGAUUGAAGCCAGCAUCAGUGCUUCGCAAGGCCAACACAUUCACUCGUUCGAGCUGUGCUUUCUCGUUCCAGGUGAGUACAGUCUAGUCGGUGUUGCUCAAGUAAACUCUGUUGGAAAGAAGCAACAACACAAAAGCCAGUGUUACAGCAGUCCUCCAUUCACAAUUCAUGUGAGUUAAGCACUGCUUGCUGCUUGCUUGCUUGCAUGCUGGAGGAAAGAAACGAAAGAAAAACUGGAUUUUUUUGUU